AUGAAACUAGAAGUGCAGCCAUUGGAGGCAGUCGUGCUUGGUUUUGGCUUUUCCUCAAUAUUCGUCCUAAGUUUGUACUUUUGGAAGAUCUUUGAGGGUAAGAAACCCCAAGGCUACUUCUAUGAUGAAAAUUCUUAAACAGAGAUAUUGAAGAGAGUUAGUAGUGUCGUGGUGUUCAGUUUUACUUGCAUAUCAUUUCUCAAUAUCAAGGCAGAUCAUAGACAGAGAGACGAUGUUGACCUUUUCAGAUGGUUUGGUCUUCACUUUGAUGGCCAGAUAUCCCUAGCCAUAGCCAACACUCUCAUGCUUAAUUCUAUUCUAUUUCUGGGCGAGAUUGUCUAGUACCUCUGGGGUAUGAAUGAAAGUGACUACUUUUAAAUUGACCUCUUAACGUUUAAAAACCUAGUGCUUGUGCCCAUUUUUGAGGAGCUGAUAUUUAGAGCUUGCCUGAUAAAUAUAUUCAUAGAAGCAAAUAUCAUGAGUAUGCAUAAAUGUGUCCUUAUACUGCCAAUUUUCUUUGCAGUGGCACAUUUACACCAUCUAUACAGAUAAAGACAUUUACCUGCUGAACAGUUCAAGAGAGCAGCCCUCCAAAAGGUAUUCUAGAUUUUCUACACUUAGGUGUUUGGUAUUUAUGCUGGGUAUAUAUAUGUUUACACUGGAUCAUUAUGGGCUGCUAUAGCAUUACAUGCCUAAUGCAAUUAUUUUGGAUUCCCUUCAUUUGGGAACCUAUUUGAUGAAGAAUUCCCCGUUCUGAAAAGACAAAUCGUUGGAUAUUUAUACUUGGUUGGUGUUGUUUGCUUUUUCAACUUCUUUGGAUUCUUUAUGGACCCUAACUACUACAACCCCUGGCUUUUGAAGCAUUAUUACAGUUUAAAUCCUAUUAUAGAUCCUACUGUCAGUGGUUGA